GCCUCGAUUUAGCUAUUCUAAGGAGGUGGGGCUAGUCAGCCUGCAUCUACAUAAGAAAGACACCCUUGGCAGUUACACCAACGCCAACGAACUCUUAGCCCGCUAACAGGCAGGUAGGUAUGUAUGUACUGUAAGAGGUAAGUGUAUGUACAUCAACUCGGGUACCUGUAAAUCGACUCCUGCAAUUAAUUCCCCCAACUUCUAAUCCUCUUGAAAUCUACGCUCCACACUCAUCUCGUCGAUACAUUUCUCGGCUUGCCGACUUUCCUUCUUUCCUUAAUUCAUUCGGGGUUCUCGCCAUUACUUGGUGCAAAGUUGACUCUUUGUUCCACCCCGCAAAAGGAAAGAAGAGGAAAAGGAAAAAAGAAGAGUUGGACACAAAGAAUUAAUCAAGUCCUCUUUUCUUACGCAGGUCUCCAAUUCUUCCUUCACAUGCUGCGUACCUGAUAGCCUUGGUCGACAAUCAUUCACAAUGGCUAUGCUGGCUUCGAAAUCCUCUUUUCCGGCUUCGCUGGCCUCCUCGAAUUCCACUCUGGUUUCGAGCGCGCAAUCAUCUGGUAUGGCGCCCUCGAGAAGACCACCUGCCGUCCAUGCCGCCGGUCAAGCCUUCGCUAGCCCGACCGAGUCCGAGUUCUCUGAUCUCGACGGCCCCGACGCGGUUAAGAACUGGACUGAGGAUCAAGUCUGUGAUUAUCUGAGGAGUGUCAAAUGUGGCGAGUAUGAAAAACUCUUCAGGAAGAACAACAUCAACGGCGAGAACUUGCUGGAAAUGGAUAAGGAGGUCCUCAAAGAGAUGGGCAUCGAGAAAGUUGGCGAUCGAGUUCGACUAUUUCUGGGUAUUAAGAAACUCAGGACAAAGGCGUACGCGAAUCAGAAGAGGCGCAACCGAGAUUCUUUCGGGGGACUGGAUUCCCAAUAUGCUCCCUCUUCAACAGGGUCUCCGCGACAUCCCAACUCCGGCGGCCGUGGUAUUGCCACGGCGUCUACCAAGAGGUAUUCGCGGCUUGACAUGCAAACCUUACCUAUGACCUCAAUGGCCGACGUCGCGAUUCCAUCGUCACGACCGAAUUCGCCUCUACCCAACACUGAUGCCCGAGGUAUUAGGCCGCCGAGGUAUCAGAAUCAGCAGUAUAUGAGCAAUACGACACCAAAUUCGACCGCUCGAGGACCUGGUUCGCCGACUAUGCAGAGCCGUCUGGUAAUUACACACACACGGAAUGCCUCAAGUCAGGAUGGUUCGCUGAUGGCUGCUUUACCACAGGGUCAAGACGUCAUCCGUGUCAUCUGGAACGGUGGCGUUACGAAAGUUGUUAAAAUUGCCGACUGCAAUACCUGCGAAGAAGUUAUGCGGGUAACGUUACGAAAGUUCGCCUUACGAGAGGAUCAUGAUCGCAAUUACUGUUUCUGGAUAUUAGCCGGUGUUGACCCCGACCCUAAGCAAUGUCGUCGUCUCGGCGAUACCGAACUGUGGCGCAUCAUUAAGGAUCAGAAGCGACCCGAGAGAAACCGCCUCAUUCUCCGAAGAGUGCCGUCCGGAGAACCAGGAGAGAAAGAGUUGCAGCGAGCCGCCUCUAUUGCCAUGGAAGAAGCUCAACAAUACCACAACCAGGGUUUAGGAAACAUACAAGAUAAGAGGAGCCAAGAAAAGGUACAGAGGAUAUUAGGUGAGAGCUGGAACGAAGGACUCCAGCAGCCGUUAUCGCCAAUUUCCUUCCAGGACCGCGAGAGGAAUCUCAAUAAUACCGCUAGGGAUUUGGAACGACCACCCAGUGACGCUAGGACCGUCCCGAGACGAAAGGUCAUGAGACCGUUCGGUAGUUUAAGACCUCCCAGCGAGUUGAUUACUUCAGAUCUCACUUCGUACUUCCCUGAUCACCCUAAGGAAGACAUUGACCGAACCGCUCGACUAUCUAUGCGUAGGUCUACUCGCCUUAGCAAGGUGAACAGCCGACUCAGUGUCGCUAGCAACCUCAGUUUUGCAUCUAGUAUCCAAGAUGCACCCCCUAUCCCGACUAUUGCAGAUUCGUGGUUGAAUAGUGGUCAGCUUGCCAAAGUCAAGGCCCGUGAGAACCAAGGCCGUAUGCCACAUUCGUUCCGUGAUUCGAUCGCUUCGUCAGUGCUAGACACUCUUCAAGAGGAAUCUCCUAUCGAACCGAACCGCAAGUCUUAUGUUUCGUUUGCAGAUAGCGGUUCGGAUACCAAUCCGAUAAGCAUCACAGAUCCGGAAGGGAAUGUCCGCCAGAGCUACUUCGACGAAUCCAGUACCCAGGGCUCUGGGUCCUUGAAGGAUAUUACUCAGGCCCUGAGCGAGGAUGGCGAAGACGCCGACGAGGAACUACAGAGCUUCUUAGCCGGUGAGUCGUGGGACGAUAACAAGUGGAUGAAAGGUGCCUUGAUUGGUCAAGGAUCGUUCGGCAGCGUUUACUUGGCCUUGCAUGCCGUGACUGGAGAGCUACUUGCCGUCAAGCAGGUUGAGACUCCUUCACCCGGCGCGAACAGCCAGACGGAUGCUCGAAAGAAGAGUAUGAUCGAAGCUCUUAACUCCUCGGCUGAGCACCUGAAUAUUUUCCUCGAGUACGUUCCUGGUGGCUCCGUCCAGACGAUGCUCAACUCGUAUGGUGCCCUCCCCGAGCCUCUUGUUCGCAGUUUCGUGAGGCAGAUCUUGAACGGGCUCUCGUACUUACACAACCGAGACAUCAUUCAUCGUGAUAUUAAAGGCGCCAACAUCCUUGUAGAUAACAAGGGUACGAUCAAGAUCUCCGAUUUCGGAAUUAGCAAGAAGCUUGAGGCAUCCAAUAUUCUUAAUGGCGCCAACAACAACAAGAAUAGGCCAUCGUUGCAAGGCUCGGUGUUCUGGAUGGCCCCCGAAGUGGUUAAGCAAACCUCUUACACACGCAAAGCUGAUAUCUGGUCUCUCGGCUGCUUAGUUGUCGAGAUGAUGACCGGAGCACAUCCUUUCCCGGACUGCAGUCAGUUGCAAGCCAUCUUCAAGAUUGGAGGUGGCAAGGCCGCCCCGACUAUUCCUGAAAGUGCCAGUCCCGAAGCAACCAAGUUCUUAAGUCAGACCUUUGAGAUAGACCACAACUUGCGACCGAGCGCAGACGAACUCAUGCUUAGUCCUUUCCUCGCACCCAUUACCUAAAGCGCUUAGAGGCACCAUAUCAUCUUUUUAAGCUAGUCUUUUCUUGAUACCCCUUUGCGAUAAACGACCAAUUAUUCAAUUCUCAACAUAACGAGGUCGAGUCCGCCGGCGUUAACAUUCGAGGAUCUCUGAAUUGGUCUUUGACCAGACGCAAAUCCGUUCAGUUACCGAGUUUCACAACUCGGUAAUAUUUGGGAUGGUCGCUAUCAAUAUACUUGGACCUCGUAUUUUUUUUAUUACUAGUGAUGUCCACUAAGGUGGUAUCACUGAACCUUUAGUUUUUAUUGUAUGGCACGUUGAAGUCGUGACCGAAAAUUUUAGACUGGUUUGAGGAUUAGUUGAAGGAAAUAUCCAUGAAAUGGACGAUGAUGGAGCGAUUUUAGUCUUGCGGAUGGGCAAGGAAAUCAGACGAUGCAUUGAUGCGGCGAAAUGGAGAAUCGGCAUUGAGGUUCUUAGCUAAUCUCCCUUCUAUUUCGUAGGGUUUAUGUCGUCGGUGGCGGUUUCAUGAGCAGCAUUUGCGCAGCAGCGCUGAGCUUUGGUGGUUAAUCAAUGUAUGAGAGCAAAUGAAAUGGAACGAAUACUCAUGACUUCUUCAUCUUGCGAAUUCGAGGAAAUGUAUCAAUAGACAUCAGAUAACCUCUCCAGGUUAUGGAACGUGAUAAUAAAUUAAUAAGCAUAGCAA